UAAGCCUUUGACUGCUAUUCUAACAAGUUAUAUAUACCAGGGUAAUUUUCCGUAUUAAAGACAUACGAGAGUACGAGACAACAAAAGCGAUGAAUAACGAAAUUUUUCAACAUGAGCGAAUUGUUUAAGAUUUAUUAAGUGAUAAAUAGGAAGAACGUGUAAAUUGUGAACGAUUCGUUGUUUUUCGUACCACGAUUAAAUAGAUAAAAACAUUUAAUGAAACGAAACUUAAUUUUGUAAGAGAACGAAGGAUCGAGCGCGAUUAUUGAAUUCUGCAAAUAUAUGCUUACGUUGACGCUGUGAUAAUUCCAGUAAAACGCAUAAAAAUACAUUCGUCGCAAUAUCCAUGUGUUAUUUGAAAUUAUGAUUCCUUGUUAUGUAAAUUAUACAUAAAAAGGAUGCUAUGGUGGAAAAGAAGUGUAUAAAAUCCUUUCGAUCUUUAGCAACGGAUGGUGGUAUUUGAAAAUGACUGAUUCUACCUCCGCCGCUUCGACUGUUGUCAGAAUAAUCAGCAGCAUAGUGACUUUAUUGAAAUGUGUCGCACGGACGACAUUUGUGAUAUUAAACAAUGUCUAUUGCAUACCGACAUAUGUAAUAUGGAUGAUGUUAUUGUUUCCUGUAAAAAUAUAUCAACCUCAAGUUUACUGGCGAAUCGAAGGCCUAUUUUUUCAUUGGUUGUUGGCGAUGGUGUCAAUGUGGACUUGGUCUGCAGGUUACGACAAGAAUAAACUCUUUUGUUUAACAGUAAUAGAGCAAGGUGAUGACAUACAGAAGAUUAUCAGUGAAAAAACAUUAGUUAUAGCAAAUCAUCAGAGCACUGGUGAUGUUCCUAUAUUAAUGACAACAUUUAAUGCCAAACCAAAUGUUCUACCUAAUUUAAUGUGGAUAAUGGAUAGAGUGUUCAAAUUUACUAAUUUUGGGAUAGUUUCUAUAUUACAUCAAGAUUUUUUCAUUGUAUCGGGACGUAAACGAAGGGAAGAAAGUUUAAAACAAUUACAAAAACAUCUCAAAGAUUCUUAUAUACCACGAGAUAGAAAAUGGAUGGUACUCUUCCCGGAAGGAGGUUUUUUAUGCAAGAGACGAGAAACGUCACAAAAGUACGCUAAGAAGAAUAAUCUGCCUAUUCUUGAAAAUGUAACUCUACCAAGAGUUGGAGCCAUGCAGACGAUUUUUGAUACUCUUGGACCAACAGAAAAUAGAAAUGCAGAAGAUCAACACAUGAACAACCGACCAAGUUUGAUGUUAACUAAUCCCGAAAUUAGUUGGGUUCUUGAUAUAACAAUAGCAUAUCCCCAAGGUAAGCCGCUUGAUUUACCUACUAUUAUAACUGGUUCAAGACCUCCAUGUGAGACGGUACUGUUUUAUCGACUUUUUCCUAGUUCAGUGGUUCCUCGUGAGCCAGAACAAUUAUCCAAAUGGUUGUAUGACAGAUGGGUAGAGAAAGAGGUACUGUUGGAACACUUUUAUAAACACGGAACAUUUUUGGGUUCAAACGAAUUGAACAGAGGUGGUUCCAGAGUACAUCAGGAUCCAUUAAGAUUCCUAGUCCUUCAUUUAUUCUUUAUAACAUCUAGUUAUAUACAUUAUAGCAUACUUACGUACAUGUUAUCUUGCUUUUGGUAAGAUGUUUUUUAUAUCGUAUGCGAUGUACGACGGUCCAGUUUAAAGAAGGAAAUUAUAGUAAACGAAGUAAGACAUCCUUGCCUUAAACAACUAUUUUGAUGUUUAUGAGAAUAAUUUUAAUGAAUGUAUAGAUUAUUAAAUUCAAUAAGUAUGCUCACAUUAUGACAUCACUUGUAACAUUUAUUUUCAUUCAACGCAACAUUUGCAAAAAAUUGUGGUAUUUAUAAUCAGUAUUUACGAAUAACGUUUGUUUUUCUAAAGCUAAUAUAAAAUUAACAGUAAUUUUUGUAAGUGAUUUCGAAUUAAUACAUUUUAUGAUUAACGCAAUGAAAAUUGAAGUACAGUUUGUUUUUGUAAUUUUCACAAUUGCUGUAUAGCUUUAAAUUUAUUUUUAUUAUAGUUUAUAUUCUUUAUAUUAUAUAUGUGUGUGUGCGUGCGCGUGUGUGUGCAAAAUAUAUGUUAUAUAGCAAACUUGUUUUUAUAUAAAUCAACAUACAUUCGCAUAAACUUCGAAUUUUGACAAAGCAACAUUUUUUUAACAAAAUUGUUAGUGACGCCAAUUUGUAGAUUUUUCUCAUAUUGGAUAAUGUUAUAAGAUAUACAAAUAUUUAAUCGUAAAUUUAGAUAAAAUACAAGGAGAAUAAACAUUUUGUCCUAUAUUAUGCAAUCUCUUGUAGAGAUGGCAUAAUGUUUUUUUGCAACAAACCCUUAAAAACAUAAAAAUAUAAGUUUAGAUUUUAUAUUGAUAUUAGACAAUAUUACUCUUAGUUUACACAAUUCUAUUAUAUAUUGCAUAAUAAACACUAUCUGAUUUUAUUAAUAGAUUGAAUUUAGACACGAUAGUUAACAUUUAUUAUCUUUACUAACACAUAAUGUAUGAAUGUGUUUAUACAAAGCUAUGGUACUUGGUAGCAUUGUAACAGAAUCUUUGUAAUAUAGCAUCGCAUGUGUGUCUUAUGUAAGUUGAUUAUAAAAUUAUGUACACUCUAUGUUAACGUAUAAUAGAGAAAAGGAAUUUUCGCAGGAUGAUAAUAGUCAAAUUAUUUUAAAGAGGUAUCACUUAUUAUUUUGUGAUAAGGAUAUUUUUUAAAGAAAAAUAUAGUUCAUAAGAAUAACAUAGAUAGAGAAAAUUGUUUUAAAACAAAAAAAAAUUAUGGAAAUUGUAUUUGAUGUAUAUGAAAUAAUUGAAGAGAUAUAUUUUUCACAUAUCCUAUUAAAUUAAAAAAACCUAUUAAACGAAUAUAAUAUUCUUAGCCUUUUCCAAAGUGUUUAACUUUUUUCUUGGCAUUAUCAAGAGGCACGGUAGUGCCUCGCGCCAACUGUACGCACAGCACGAGGCACCACUGCUGCUUCUUUUACGCGAGACGUUGUUUACGAAAAUCCGUAGUUAUCGGAUUCUUAAUAACGACUGAACUGAUGGACUGAACCGAUCUCAAUCGACUUAAUGGAUAGUUCGCAUCCGAUUUAUAUGAUAAAAGUGUUUUUAUUUUUCCGCUACGUGAUUUACGUGCGGAGAUAUCGCGAUUAAAGUUUUUCGCUCAAGAAUAAAUUUGAUUAAGAAACGUCGUAGUCGUCGUCGUUAUUAUUAUCGUCGUCGCUCGGCCAAGUAGUGGCGAUUUGUACAGUUGCUUUUCGCGGCAUCAGAUGGCUGUACGAGUUGACACUAGUAUUAUCAGGCGUUUAAACCUCAUAUCAUGUAUAUCUCGAGAACGGUUAGAGAUACGAACUUGGAAUAAGCACUAGUAUUUUCAGAUGUCUUCGAAUUAAUUAAUUAAUUAAAUUUUAAAACGUGCAAAUCUCGAGAACGGUAGAUGCAUACUUGGGAUAAGCACUAGUAUCAUCGGAACACUUUAGAGAGUCAAUGCUUAUCUAAAAUUAAUUAAUUAAUUAAGUAAUUAAAUCUUGUAACAUGUAUAUCUCAAGAACGGUUGGAGAUAUGAACUUGGGAUAAGCACUAGUAUCAUAUGUCUCCGGAUUAAUUAAUUAAUUAAAAUUUAAAUAAUUAAUUAAUUAAAUUUAUAACAUGCAAAUCUCAAGAACGGUUGGAGAUGCAAACUUGGGAUAAGCACUAGUAUCAUUGGAACUUUAGAGAGUCAAUGCUUAUCUAAAAGUAAUUAAUUAAUUAAACCUUGUAACAUGUACAUCUCGAGAACGGUUGGGAAUACAAAUUUGGGAUAAGUAUUAGUAUUAUCAGAUGUCUUCGAGUUAAUUAAUUAAUUAAAAUUUAAUUAAUUAAUGCCUUGUUUAAGGGGUUAUACCACUGUAAAAUUUUCAAAAAAAUCGAAAAAAA